AACAUUGUGGUAGUUAAAAAAAUUUGUUUUUUUUUAAUAAUUUCGCAGCUUUUAUUUUUUUGUUUUGCUUUUUGAAUUUUCUUAAAUUUAAAAGAAAAUAAUUUUUGAUAUUUUAAUUUAAAUAUUGAGAAAGUGAAAAGAAAGGUAUAUACUUAGCAGAAGAAAAGAAAAACAUAAAGAAAAAAAAAAAACAAACAGGUGAAAAGAAAAAUUCAUUAACUGUUAGAAAGGCUUAAUUUUUUUUUUCUUUUUGAUUUUUAACUUUCGAGAUAAGAUUUUUAAGUAAAGAAAAAAAAAAUACACUAACAAUAAUUAAAGAAAAUUAAGCGCGUGCAAUAUAAGAAAGUUGCAAGUCAAAUUGAACAAGAAAAUAGAAAGAAAGAAAGAGAAAAACAAAAAUUAAAAUCGCGAAAUCAAACGCUAAUAAAUUGUGUAAUUUGAAAGGUGCUGUCUGUGUACGUAGUACGUACAGGUAAAAGUAAAUAAAGAAAAGUUAAUUAAGAAAAUUAAUAAAAAAAAAAAUAAAGGAAUUUUGGUUUUUAGUGAAAAUUAAAGGAAGAUAAAAAGAAAUUAAAAAAGAAGAAAAAAAAUAUUAGAAAACUUUUUUUUUUCUAUUACAUGAAGUGAAAUUAUUUUUUUUUAUUUUUUUUUGAAUUUUAGGGAUUUUAAGUGGAAAAAUUUUCACGUUACACGAAUUUUCUUUAAAAAAAAAAAAGUGUUUUGGUUAAAUAACAUUUUCAUUUUUAUUUUUUUAUAAAAAUUUAAAAAAAAAAUUCAAUUUAAUCAUGGCUAGUAAAAUUUUAAUUUGUUUAAUGUUAACAUUAACAAUAACACAAUUAUGUUAUGGUUCAGCAAUUCCAAUGUGGGAAUUUUUAAGUCGUAAUGAAAAGAUGUCACAUCUAUAUUCAAUAUUUGCUAAACUUGUAAGUGAUUAUUGUAAAACAAGUUAUGAAGUUCGUAAUAUACCAGUUGCACAAUGUAAACGUGAUUUACUAACUUAUGCAUCAGAUAAAUUACAAGAAAUGCCUGAUACAAAUUUAGAUUUAUUGGAUCCAUAUCAAAGAGGUGCUAAUGAUUUAAUUUGGAAUACAAUUAUGAAAGAUCAUCCAAAUGUACAUCCAACAACAAAACGUCCACAAUAUAAUAUUUUACAAGGAUCUGGUAUAAUUGGUUCAUCAUCAUCAUCAUCAUCAAAUCAUAUUCAAACAAAUAUUAGUCCAACAACAUCAGCAUUAUCAAAUGAUGCAUCAAUUAUACUAUUUGGUAAUCAAAUAAAUGGUUAUCAAAAAAAUCCAUUAUUUGAUGGUAUUGAUAAUAGUGCAACAUCAUCAUUAUCUUCAAGUUCAACAAAUAUAAAUGGUAAUGGUACAUUCCCAUCAUCAUCAUCAUCAUCAUCAUAUGCAAUGGAAAUGGAUGCUGCAUAUGGUAAUUAUCAUAUACCAAAUAAUAAUAAUAAUAAACAACAACAAUAUCAACAACAGAAUAAUAAUAACAAUAACAUUAAUAAUAUUAAAGAUUCAUUAAUUAAUUCAUCUGGAAUAAUUGCAUCACCAUUAUUAUCAUCAAAUGUAAAUAAACAAAAUAAUAAUAAUUAUCAACAAAUUUAUCAAAUUUCUAAUACUGAAAUAUUACAUAAGCCAACGUCACAAAAUUACAUUGCAUCAGCAUUACAACAUCAACAACAACAACAUCAAAGUUUAAUUGAAACUUCAACAAAUUAUUUAAGUGGACCAUUGGUAAUACGUGUACGACCAGAUGGUACACCAGUUGAAGAGGAUAAAUAUAAGCCAUUACCACGUGAUGAUGAUAGAGAUUUUAUUAUUGGUAAUCAUCAAUUUAUUAGACGUCAAAAAAAUUUUAUUGUACCAACAUCUGAAUUUAUAGUCUAUCCUCAACAACAACAACAGCAACAACAAGAGCAAGAACAGAUUUUACAACAACAACAACAACAACAGCAAUAUCAAAGAUAUCAACAAAGAUUACGACGUCAAUAUAGAAACAGUAACAGUUUUAGAAAUAUACACAGAUAUUAAAUUUAAUAUGUACCUAUAUAUACACAUAUACCUAUGUUAAAAUGUAUAAUACAUGUAUGUGCAGGGUAAUACGAAAAUUAACGAUUAAUAAUGCAUGUCGAGAAUAUAGAAAUUAUGAUUUAGAUGAAAGCCCUAAUGGUGAAAAUUAAUUUUCCGUCUCCUUUUCAAGAAUAACUUUGGUGUAUUCUUUUCUUGUUAAAUUUAAAAUUACUUUCUAAAUAUGAAUAAUAUUUUUUUAGGCUAUAGCCUCAUUCUGCUUCUCAGUUCACUUAAAAACUUCAUUAUAAGGAUAUACGAUACUCAACCUCUUUCUACUCACCCUUUAUCUCCAUCCAGUGACAAGGAGGUGGCAUACAGAAUGCAGAAUGAGGCACAUAAACCUUCGAGCUUGAAAAGUUCAGCUCAUAUUUUUAAAUAUUUUAAUCUCUUCCUUGCUUUGUCAUAAUUAAUUUUUGAGAAGCCCUGUAGAUUUAUACGAUGAUAUCAAUAUAUUUUUCAAUUGUGUAUAAUUUUAUUACUAUAUAUGCUUACUUUAAUUUAGAUAUAUGUGUAUAUGUUGUAUUAUUGUUAAAAAAUAUAUUUUAUGAACAAUCAAAAAUACAGACAAAUAUUGUACAUAUAGAAUCAAAUCAAAAAAGAAAUUGUGAAUAGGAUAGGAAAACAUUGAUUUUUUUUUUCCUAUAUACACAUAUUUCUAAAAAAGGACAGUGAUGAUAAAUUGAAAACUGAUGUAAUCAAUUAGAAACAAUUUACAAUAGAUUAAAAUUAGGUCAACUUUGACUAUUAGUAAUAAAUUGUAUGAAUAAAGGCGAGUGUAGGUGUGUGUUUUGUUGUUGUUGUCUGAAUUUUGUUUUAUUGAUUAGAGUAAAAAAAUGUGUGAAUGUAAAAUUAAAAGGACACCUCAAUAUAAAUUUUUUUGUUUCUCUAUAUAGUCCUUAUGUUAUACAUUGGAGUAUGUUGAAAACAACAUUGAAAAUAUUGAUUUUUUAUAUUAUGUAUGUUAAAUAAUUAAAAAUAUUUUGCAAUUGUGUUUUGUUAUCAAUUAAAUUUUUUAUGCAGUUAUAAAAGCAGACAAUAGCCUAGAAUAUUUGAAGUUGAAGAAUAUUUUUUGACCUUUUCAAUUAUAUAAUUCAAAUAUGUAUUGUAUAAAUUGUAAUAAUUUUUAAAAUUAAUUAAUGAAUUGCUUACUACUUUAAUGAUUUUUUCAUAUAGUAUUUUGAAUAUAAAAGAAUUGUAAUAUUGGAUAAAAUUUUAGAGAUUUGUAUAAUUUUGAAAAUAUUUUGCUAUUUUAGUAUUCCUCUCUAUAUUUUCUAACAUACCGUAAUUAUAUGAA